ACAGCUUAUGCCUUAUAUAAGCCCCCUGGGGGAGGCACAGACAGGCCCCAGAGCUCCGCGAGCCGGCCACAGCGCCACUGCCCCGGGACCGAGCGCCGGCUCCCAGCACAGUGCCCGCCGGGCCAGCACCAGGCAAUCUCUCCGUGGCCGGGCGCCUCGGCCGCCGCUCUGGCGCCACCCGCCCGGCGCCAUGACCUUCUCGGAGCUUGUGGACCGCGUGGGCAGCAUGGGCCCCUUCCAGCUGCUCAACAUGGUGCUGCUGGGCUUCCCCAUCCUGGGCAUGGCCAACCACAACCUGCUGCAGAUCUUCACCGCCGUCACCCCCGCCCACCACUGCCGCCCACCCCCCAACGCCUCCUCGGGGCCCUGGGUGCUGCCCACGGGCCCCGGCGGGAAGCCUGAGCCGUGCCUCCGCUUCCUCUACCCGCCCAAUGCCAGCCUGCCCAACGAUACGCAGGCGGCCACCGAGCCGUGCCUGGACGGCUGGGUGUACGACAUCAGCACCAAGGACUCCAUCGUGACCGAGUGGGAUCUGGUGUGCCACUCGAACAAGCUGAAGGAGAUGGCCCAAUCUAUCUUCAUGGCGGGCAUCCUGAUCGGCGGGCUGGUGCUGGGGGACCUGUCCGACAGGUUUGGCCGCAAACCCAUCCUGACCGGUAGUUACCUGCUGCUGGCCGCUGGGGGCUCGGGCGCCGCCUUCAGCCCCACCCUCCCCUUCUACAUGGCCUUCCGCUUCCUGUGUGGCUGUGGCAUCUCGGGGAUCACCCUCAGCACCGUGAUCCUGAAUGUCGAGUGGGUGUCCACCCGGAUGCGGGCCAUCAUGUCCACGGCGAUUGGUUACUUCUACACCGUCGGCCAGUUCAUUCUGCCCGGCCUGGCCUAUGCCAUCCCCCAGUGGCGCUGGCUCCAGCUCACCGUAUCCAUCCCCUACUUCAUCUGCUUCCUGCUGUCCUGGUGGGUCCCAGAGUCCGUCCGCUGGCUGGUCCUGUCUGGAAAGUCCAUGAAGGCCUUGAAGACGUUGCGCUGGGUGGCGGCCUUCAAUGGCAGGAAGGAGGAGGGGGAGAAGCUCAGCCUCGAGGAAAUCAAACUCAACCUGCAGAAGGAGAUUUCCCUGGCCAAGGCCAAGUACAGCGUCGCCCACCUGAUCCGGACGCCCAUCCUACGCCGCGUGACCUUCUGUCUUUCCCUGGCCUGGUUUGCCACGGGUUUCGCCUACUACAGCUUGGCUAUGAGCGUGCAAGAAUUCGGAGUCAACCUCUACCUGCUCCAGUUCAUCUUCGGAGGGGUCGACAUCCCUUCCAAGUUCAUCACCAUCCUCACCAUGAGCUACCUGGGCCGCCACAUCACCCAGGCCUCUGCCCUCCUUCUGGCGGGAGCAUCCAUCCUGGCUCUCACAUUUGUGCCCACCGACAUACAGAUCCUGAGGACCGUCCUGGCCGUGUUUGGGAAAGGGUGCUUGUCGAGCUCCUUCAGCUGCCUCUUCCUCUAUACCAGCGAGCUCUACCCCACGGUCAUCCGGCAGACGGGCAUGGGCAUCAGCAACCUGUGGGCGCGCAUCGGGAGCAUGCUGGCGCCCCUGGUGAAGAUCACGGGGGAGCUACAGCCCUUCAUCCCCAACAUCAUCUUCGGGACCGUCGCCCUCGUGGGAGGCAGUGCCGCCAUCUUCCUGCCGGAGACCCUCAACCGGCCCUUGCCGGAGACCAUCGACGACGUGGAAAACUGGUCCCUGCAGGCCAAGGAGCCCAUGCGGGAGCCCGAGGCCGACAAGGCUGCCCAGAGGAUCCCGCUGCAGCCUUCUGAGCCAGGCCCGCGCUCCAGCUGAAGACCGCACGGCACCCCCUGCGCCCCCACCCUCCAGAGACUAACCGCAGCCAGACGGCCCGCCCCCUGCGCCCCCCAGUCUGCCUCCAGCCUUCACGGGUGUCUGAUCAGGUCUGCGCUUCCUCGGACACGUCUUCUGGGGGGCUCCGUGAAGGCAACCCCCCCAACCCCGCAGCAUCACAGCCCGGAGCUCACGGCGCCCCCUAGGCUGCUCCGUGGUUGGGACAUGGGCCACCCCCCACCUUCCACCCCUCCCCCUCUUCCUCCCUGCACCCCAGCCCCUGCUGUUCUAUCCAGACUCUUCCCACUGGCCACCUCCCUCCCAUGGCCCCACCUUCUCCCACUCUCCAGAACACUCCCCGGACCACCAGACUCAAUCCUAAUGAAGACAACAUCAUCCCCUUCUUGACAGCCCACCCACCCACCCACCCACAAUGCCUUUCUUCGAUGGAAGGUUCCAAUAAAAAGCAAUAAGAACUCAUCAGCCCUACCGGUGGGGAAUGGGGUGACCUAGGGAUGUCUUCCUACCUACUCACAUGUACUCACCAGCCCCUGUGAACGGGACUGAUAUGAACACGUGUGUGCGUUUGCGGCCGGCAGUUGUGACAAGCUGACAUUAAUGACACCCCAGACUGCGUCACUGAAACAGCCAACGCUUCCUCUCACGGCUCUGGGUGCCAGGACACCCCACUGAGGUCUUUCUUCUUCCCAGCUUGCAGGGAAGAACCUUCUCCGUACGCUCUUGAGUGGUGGAGAGAGAGCGUGCAAGAUUUCUGGGACCCCGUUCGAUAAAGAACGCUAAUCUCAUCAUGAGAACCCCGCCUUUGGGACAUCAACUAACCCUGUUUCUCUCCCAAAGACCCUUUCUCUGAGUCUCACAGGGCGUCAGGGUUUCAACACAGGCAGGGACCCGGUGCCGUCAUAGCAAGGUCUGCACUUGGGAAAAGCAGGUGUGUAUCUGCAGUACUGACUCCCUCCCUUGGGUCCCCUCCAGUCCUGAGUCCAUGCCCCAGUCUCACAUUUAUUGGACAGACUUUUCUCCGCUUUCACUGAGAAAGCUGCAGUCAUGCUGAGGUCCCCAAGUUCCCUUCGAUGGCAGAAGGUCCAACCCUCAUAUCCGGCUUUACAUCCUAACAUCCUCUGCCAGCCCCCAGCCCCCAGCCUCCUUGGCUCUGCCCGUUUUCUCUCUCCUGGGUCCUUCCCCUCACCAGGGAGACAGACCCAGGCUUCAAAGAAAAAUCAAACAAGCAUAUCCUCCUCGGCUGUUCUAACGCUUUCUCGGGAUCACACUGUCCCUUUCUCCCUUCUCUAGCCUAACUUCAUCAAGGAACUGUUUGCUUCCCUGCCUUCACUUUCCAAUCUCAGAAACUCAGACUUCCCUGCACCACACACACACACACACACACACACACACACACACACACACACACACACACACACACACGCUGCACACAGAAUCCAACCCCAGGAUAUGCAUCACCCACCCGUGCUGAGUCUGUGGGCUACCGGUCCUGUUGGUUUCCUCCCUCUUCCUUGGGUUCCGAGAUGCCACGUAGCAGUAGCUCCCACCCCCACACUCCGCUCCUCGAGAGCCUUCUUUGGGACUUCCUGUCUGUGCCACAAUCCUGCCCCAACCCUUUUCUCAACGGUCUAUGAUCCCAGAAUCCCUGACCACGACCCUCUCUGGUCAUGGUUGACUGGGCCUGAUGGAAAUGAGGGGCCCAGGCUCCCGGUGGACGCGUCUUUGAUCACACAUUCCUCCCGGUGGUACCUUUUGAGUUACAGAAGGUUCUAGAUCGGCUCUUAGUCCUUGUCCUGGGCAGGCAAGUUGCCAUGAGGCUGGCCUGGACAAGAACAGAGCAGAGAGAACAAACGACCACGUAGACCCUCCCAAGCAAAGCGCCAGCCAGGCCUUUGGCACUGAUUCCUCAUGAAUUCCAGAUGCCAGUUCUUCACCAUCCCUGGAGGCCCUCUCUGGAUUCCAGUCACCGUCUCUGAAUCCACCAAUAAUUUCUCCCUUUUGUUUAUCCUUAACAAUAAACAAUUGUUUUGUUAUCUCCCUUUUGUUUUGUUAACAAAAACUUAACCGUUUUUGUUCCUUGCAACCAAGCAGUUCCAAACCCAUCUCUUCUUCUUCUUUGGGCUUCCCAACACCGACCUUCCUCAGAACGCCUUCCUGGAAACCGUUCCUCUGAUAUUCCCAUGGAAAUAGAACAUAAACUAGAACGUGUGUGGUUUAGCUUCCUAGUAAUUAUAUUUAAGUUAAAUUUCUUUAUAAUAAAAUUAAUCAAGUUUAUUUCA